AUGUGUGCGUGUACGUGUGUGUGUGUGUGUGUGUGUGUGUGUGUGUGUCUGUGUCUGUGCGGUAACGGCGGCGGCGGAGAAGACGCACAAGGCAGUUGUCAUUCUCCUCGGCAAUCGCUGGACGGCGGGGCCGUUGUUACUCCCCCCCUGUUUGGUCCUCCUUAUUCGUGUCUCUGUUACCCUGUGACUGCUCUUACUCCUCCUCCUCCGCUUCUCUUGGCGCCUCCUCCUGGUGCUGCCACUCGGCCUCAUGGUGUCAUCAGUCCGCUGGUCUCACUCCGUCUCCAAACUCUGCUCUACUGCCGCCGGUCCUCUUCCAAGAGGUGCAAAGCUUCCAGCUCCUCGCCAUCCUAUCUCUCUUGA